AGCGGAUCAAGAGUAAUCGUUCAGAUUAAUGCUGGAUCUCUAUCUCUUUUCUGUAAUUAACAAGCUAUUUUGGACGAUAUCUUUUAGUUAUUCUUCACCGAAACGUUUUAAUUCGUCUUUUUUCAUCUGCUGAAGUUGAAGAUAUGGAGGAAAAUAUGUCUUCGAAGGAAGACAGAGCGAAAGAGAUUUUGAAGGGGUUUAAACUAAACUGGAUGAAUCUUCGAGAUGCAGAGACAGGGAAGGUGCUCUGGCAGGGAACUGAAGACCUCUCCCUUCCUGGAGUAGAACAUGAAGCCCGGGUUCCUAAGAAGAUCCUGAAAUGUAAAGCUGUUUCCAGAGAGCUGAAUUUUUCUUCAGUAGAAAAACUGGAAAAAUUCCGACUGGAGCAAAAAGUUUUCUUUAAAGGCCAGUGCCUAGAAGAAUGGUUCUUUGAGUUUGGCUUUGUGAUUCCUAAUUCUACAAAUACAUGGCAAUCUUUGAUAGAAGCAGCGCCAGAGUCACAGAUGAUGCCUGCAAAUGUCUUAACUGGUAAUGUUGUUAUAGAGACCAAGUUUUAUGAUGAUGACCUUCAUGUCAGCACGUCCCGGGUACGACUUUUCUACGUCUGAGGCAUGGAAUCCUUAAUUUUUUUACUGUCACUCCAGAGGAUGGCCCAGUCACUACAGGUUUUACUAGCCAGAGGAGACACUCAACAUACAGAGUAUUUCUAAAGGCAGUGUGAAAACAGCAUUAAAAGGAACAUUUCAGUAAAACACAAUGUCAAGACAAACGAUCACACCACUUGUAUUGCAGAUAAAGACUUGUACAUAAGAGCUAUGAUGCUCAUGACAACCUGGUUGUGUACAUUUCUGUUUGUGUAUUUUUCUCUUCUCCUUUUAAUUCCGCAAUGUACACUGCUUGUUUAUCGUCUGUUUUCUGCCAGACUGUGGUUAAUCAUGGUCUCGUUUUGUUUUGCUUUUUUAGCCAUAACUGUAAAAUAGGCUGUGUUGAUAAUACAUGAUGGAAUUACGGAUUAAAAUAUUGGAAUAAAUGAA